CCACUAACCAGCACUACUCGCAUAUACAUACUGCUUUGCCAUUUUUAUCAUGGCGAUUUCUUUUUGACAUUUCACUACAACUGGUCGCACGUGUUUUCGGGCUAGGCUCUGUGCUAAAUUGUAAUUGAAUCAAAAUGAAUCCGGAGAAGUUGAAGAAGUUGCAAGCGCAGGUGCGCAUUGGCGGCAAGGGCACCCCCCGUCGCAAGAAGAAGAUUGUCCACUCCACGCCCGCCACCGACGACAAGAAGUUGCAGUCGUCGCUGAAGAAGCUGUCGGUGAACACAAUCCCCGGCAUCGAGGAGGUGAACAUCAUCAAGAACGAUGGCACCGUCAUCCACUUCAACAACCCGAAGGCGCAGGCCUCUCUGCCGACGAACACGUUCGCCAUCACCGGCCACGGUGAGAACAAGACGAUCACGGAGAUGGUGCCUGGCAUCCUCACGCAACUGGGGCCCCAGGACAUCAAUCAGCUGAAGAAGCUGGCCACCGAGAUCGCCAAUAAGAGCGCUGCCGGCGGCGCAGCCGGUUCUGCUGGUGCCGAUGCCGGUGACGAUGAUGUGCCCGAUCUGGUGGAGAACUUCGAGGAGGUUGCCAUUGCCGGCACGAAGGCUGCUGCCCCUGCUGACGGCGAGGUGGCGGCUUCCGCCUAAGAGGAAGGAAUCACACCACAUACAUACAUUAACACCGAACACAUACAAACACACCAGGUGGAGGAGCGGAGGGGCAGGCAGGUAUACAGGGCAUGCCGGACAACCACAACACACGACCUACAACGCGCGCGGUUUGUCGCUGGAAUAGGCCUGUCCUUCGCCGUCCUCCGCCUCUUUUUUGGGGGUCAUGCUACACACUAUACACUAAAAAGAAAAAAAAAAAACAACAAAAUAAAGGCAUCCGAGCGAGCGCUGAACAGAAGCAACACCUACACAUAAUACCUUACCAUAAUAUGUAACGUACUAAGGGAACCUUCAGACCUAAUCUAAUAGUCAUAGUUUGGAAGCGAUCAAAAUGUAUUUUCCAAAGCGAUUAAAGCACGUUUCCUUAAUCCAAUAUUGGAAUCCAAAUCCACUACUAAUUUCUCCCAAAACACCCACACACACUGCGCUCAUUCAUAGAAACUAUAUAUACAAACACUUUUACGGAAGAAGACGAAGAACACAGGAGGAACAGUGAUCAGGGGACGCAACGCAGACACUCCAGAAGAAGUCAUUGCCAGGAGGACGGGAAUGUAGAGAAGAAGGAAUGUAUUUUUAGCUAUAAUUCCCAAAUUCCCGUUCCACUUUCAAUCCAAUUGUAACCCCCACACGCACACCACUCCGCUCCGCCUCCACAGUUCGAAACGUAAACAAUGUGCAGUCGCCAAUUAUUUCAAUUUAAUGAUACCAAAAUUGUUGAAAACUUUUAUUAUAAUUUGUAAACUAUUUUUUUAGGCCAUCAUUGCAUACAUUAAAAGAACUGUAAAAACAUA